AUGUCGAGUGCUGCCGUGUCGACAGGCAACCGAGUGGCGCAAUUCAUAGUGAUCACCGCUGUCAUCAGCGUCCUGUACCAGCUCUUCACUCGCCCAGCUGUGGUCUCCACCCCAUCGCCAUCUUCAACUGCGACUCCGUUGGGUUCUGGUUAUCGCAAGGGCGAAGACUCGCGUCGGUUCACUUCGUCCGAGAUCACGGGCUUCCUGUUGUUCCUUGGUCUCUUCGGGUUGCUGCAGCACAAGAAAAAGCAGGACAAGAAGGCUGACAUCGAAGCUGAGCAGAGACAGAUCGCUAGAAUAGUGCAGAGCCAAAGAAAUAGUCUCAAGAAUGCUGUCUCCAAAGCCUCAGGAACACCGGUGACCAAUUUGCCACUGGACGUUUUACACGAGUUGCUGCUGUUCCUGUCCCCCAAAGACUUAGCCACAUGCUCCAUGGUUUGCAGUGCUUGGGAGUUGAAUGUCGGAGACGCCGCUGAGGCGCUCUGGAGACGCGUGUUCCAGCGGGACUUCGAUGAAGCUGGCGACAGGUUCGCUCAGGUCUUCCCCAUUGAGUGUUGGCGGCAGUUUUACUUCCGGCACCACUUGUCACGAGCUGUAGAACUUGCGAGGUUGCUGGGCAUUACUGAAAGCCGCAAGUGUGUGGCUAUUGAAGGUCAGGUCUACGAUGUCACGGACUUCCUAGACCUGCAUCCUGGUGGGCCCCAUGUGAUCGGAGAUGCAGUGGGCACAGAUGCUACGGUAAUUUGGGAUCAGUUCCGGCAUUCGGAUGAGGCCAAGGAGAGCAUGCAGCAGUUCUUGGUGUACGAUCAAGUGCUUGCACGACCAGAGAGUGAGAAACUACAGGGAAAUCUCGAGACAGUCGUGGCUCGCUGGCGUAAAAUCUCGUGGGCGCUGUCCCAGUCGCACUGCUUCGGACGAAUGGCGCCUCAGUUUGCCAACGUUGUCUUUCGCUUCCAUUCGCGCGGUGUCAUAAGUAAGAAGCACGUGUCUUCAUGA